CUGUCGAAUUAUUACCUGGAUCAGAGUUUGCUUUUUUUUUUUCCCUCUUGCAUUAGUCUUUGGUGCCCAAUCUUUGAGUUUUGGUACAAGUCACAUGGCUUGAAAUAGAUAUGAGAUCCUCUUAGCACUGGUUUUCGGGCUCUUCCCGUCCAGUGCCCUCCUGCCGGCACCACACCUGGCCUCGGAGAGAACACGGACCGCAUCCCACUGCAAGGAGUGCCUGAAAAAACGAAUGUGAGCAGUUUUGGGUGCUCAGGCCCAGCCAUGGCAGAACUGUGCCGCACGGACUCCUCGCUGGCCGCCCUGGACGAGGAGAUGCUGUGGGAGAUGAUGGAGGACCACCGCGGCAGGAUCGUGCGCAGCAUCUGCCCCAGCCGCCUCACCCCCUACCUGCGCCAGGCUAAGGUGCAGGACCAGCUGGACGAGGAGGAGGUGCUCCCCAGGUUCACAAACACGGCCAUGAGAGUUGGGCACUUGCUGGAUUUGCUGAAGACUCGAGGGAAGAACAGGGCCAUCGCCUUCCUGGAGAGCCUGAAAUUCCACAACCUUGACAUCUACACCCUGGUCACUGGGCUACAGCCCAGCGUGGACUUCACAAACUUCAGUGGGCUCAUGGAGACGUCCAUGCUGACCGAGUGCCUGGCCGGGGCCAUCGGCAGCCUGCAGGAGGAGCUGAGCCGGGAAAAGGGGCAGAAGGAGGCCCUGCUGCGGCAGCGCCAGCAGCUGCAGGGGCACCUGGGCCAGGCCGAGGCCCGUGCCGAGGGCUUGCGCCAGCUGGAGGCCGACCGCGGCCGCGUGAAGCGCGAGGUCAGCGCCCGCUUCCACGAGGUGCUGAAACCGAAGGAUGAGAUGCUGAGUCUCUCACUGCACUACAGCAACGCGCCGCAGGAGGAGGAUCUGGCCACCACGCGCUGCCACGGCCUGCAAGAGGAGCUGUAUCUGAUGAAGUAAGAGCUGCAGCGAGAGAAGAUGUCUUCUUCCUGUGAGCGGGAAUUUCGAGAGCGGUCCCUGAAGAUGACGAAUGAGCUGGAGCCUGGAGAUGAGGAGCUGAGCCGCCUGAAGGAGGAGAAGGAGAGGCUCCGCUCCCUGACCUUCAGCCUGGUGGGUCCUGGUGCCUCCAAGGGUCAGCUUCCUGCCCUGGUCCUCCCAAGGUUCAGCUUCCUUCCCUGGUGGCCAGCGGGGAGUGUCCUUGACCUUGGCCUGUGGCCUCCAGACUGUGGGAUUUCUGACAAAGCCACCUCCCUCCCUCUCCCCGAGGCUCCCCCACCACCCAUCCUCAGCCCCACCCUCACAGCCGCUGACCUUCAUGGGCCAUGUUUGUCCCCCUCUGUCCAGCACUGGGAAGAGAAGGAGCAGACCCUGCUCCAGUUCCAGCAAACCAAGGUGGACUGCGAAAUCUACACGGAGAAGAUGAACGUCCUGCAGAGCCAAGAGGUCGAGCUGCAGAAGGAGCGGGACCAGGCCUACUCAGCAAGGGAUGGAUCCCAGAUGGAGAUUUCUCAGAACCUGGCAGAGAAGGACGCACUCCGCAGGAAGGUGUUUGAGCUGACAGACCAGGUCUGCGAACUGCGCCAGCAGGUCCAGCGGCUACAAGUGCCGGCCGAGUCGCUGCCAGGCUCCAUCCACCACGCUGGCUCCCAUGAGCAGACCGUGUGGUCAGAGGUUGAAGCCUGUCUGGGUCUUUGGCAGCCCAAGCAGGAGGCGGGAGCCAGGGAGCCCUGUCCGAAGAGGAAGCAGUGGCUGGUGUGCAUGUUUGCCCUCUGCCCGUGGGAUGACAGCGACGGCAGUUCCUCUGAGCUCUGGUCUGACCUGAGCGCCACAUCCAGCCGCGAGCUGGUGGAUAGCUUCCACUCCAGCAGCCCUGUGCCUCCCAGCCAGCAGUCCCUGUACAAGCGGGCCACAGAGGACUUCUGGGAAGACCCCUUGUCUUUCAGUGGCUGCCCCAAAACCCUGGAGGUGGACCAGGGAGGCUCCCUGGGUGCUAAGAAGGGUGAUGCAGAUUUGGACUAUGAGAUUGUAGACAGGGCAGACCUCCCUGAGUCCGAGAACAGCCUGCAGCUGUCUCCUGGGGGCCUCCACCUCUCCGCCAGCAGUGUCCCGGUGAGGCGGAGGCCAGCCCGCAAGAUCCUGAGCCAGGUCACGGUGCUGGCCUUCCAGGGGGCCGUGCUGCUGGAGCAGAUAAGCGUUAUUGGCGGGAACCUCACGGGCAUCUACAUUCAUCUCACCCCGGGCUCCGCGGCAGACGAGAUGGCCUUGUGCCCCGGCACCCAGAUUGUGAUGGUGGAUUACGAGGCAACAGAGCCCUUGUCCAAGGCUGUCCUGGAGGGCAUGACCCUGGAUCUGGCCGUCAGACUUCUCCAGAGGGCGAACGGCUUCUGCUGUCUGUCUGUGAAGGCCAACAUGGAGGGUUAUAAGAAGCUGGUCCAGGACCUAAAGGCCAUAGUGGCCACAUCAGGGGACUCCUUCUACAUCCGGGUCAACCUUGCCCUGGAGAGGCAGGCAGAGGGAGAGCUGCAGGUGCACUGCCACGACAUCCUGCACGUCACAGACACCCUGUUCCAGGGCGGCAGCUGCUGGCACGCCCACCGUGUUGGCCCCUACAGCACCAAGGGCACCGAACAGGGCACCAUCCCCAACUAUGCACAGGCACAAACUGUUCUCAUCGCCCUCAUCCAGGACAUGGCUCAUCAGAGCAUCAUGGCCCGCAAGCAGCCUUCUGGGGGAGCCCAGAAGCUGGUCCGCAUCGUCAAUAUGGACAGAACCAAGGCCGGCCCUCUGUGGUCAUCCUUUGACGGGGGCCAGUCGGACCCAAGCCAGGUAGAAGGUGAGGCGGACCCCUCCACCGUGUGCUUCUGGGCCGAGAGCUACUUCACCCUGGUGCCCUACACCCUGGUGCACGGCCACAGGCCCAGCCGGCCCCGGCCCGUGCUCUUCGUGCCCAGCGUGGUCGGGAAGAUCCUGAUGGAGAAGCUGUGCCUCCUCCAAGGGUAAAAGAAAUGCCCAGCAGCAUACUUGAGCCAGGAGGAGUAUGAUGCCUCCAGCCAGAGAGGGGACAUCAUCCAGGAGAGGGAGGCGUCUGGUGGUCGCUACUGUGUUACCUGCAGAGCAGUCGAGUCCCUCAUGGGAAAGAACACCCAUGCCCUCCUGGACAUCCAGCUGGACACUGUCCGCGUCCUGCACAAGAUGGAGAUCUUCCCCAUCAUUAUCCACAUCUCCAUCAAUGAAAAGGUGGCAAAGAAAUUCAAGAAGGCUCUGCAGUGGCUCGGCACCGCAGAGGACCAGCUCCUGGAGGCUGCCAGGCAAGAGGAGGGUGAGCUGGAAGAAGUGCCCUGUCUGGACAGCAGCCUGGCCCCCGACAGCUGGAGCGACCUGCACGCCCUGCUCGGCUGUGUCUGCCUGGCCAUUGCAGAUGAGCAGAAGAAGGUUGUGUGGACAGAGUAG